UUGAAUUAGUUUAGUUUGUGUUAGUGUUUCAGCAGAACUAUCAUAAUAACAACACUGUCAGCAGCGUGUGUCAAGGAACGCUCAAGUUACCUCAAAGAAAACCCCAGGGACUAGACUAGAAGACUAUAUACAGUAAAUACUAAAUACUAACCGAACAAGAAGAAGAAGACAUAUACAUUUGCCGUAAUUCAGAGAAAUGGGUCGUAUUGAGGUUGCCCAUGAUUUUACUGUAUUUUGCUGCGGGAAAAAUGUGCUUGUCUACCAUAGUGGGAGUUGUGAGACAAAAAUACUGAAGGUGUCAAAUUCAAGUACAAAGUGUAAGGCCAAGGAAGAGAAUAGUGACAAUGCAAAUAGUGUCAAUAGCAGCACCGAAACUCAAAUAAUGUCAGUCAGAAUAUCUCAGGAUGGACAGUACCUGGCUGUUGCAUGUGAGACAAAAGUGGUUACUGUGUGGUGCACAAAAACUUGGACACUCCUCUACACUCACUCUCUGGUGAAGAGACCCAUGGCCAUUGCUAUAACAUCUGACUCGGCAACACUGCUUGUAGCUGAUAAAUCUGGUGAUGUGUAUCAUUUGCCAUUAAAGGGAUGUAAACCAGACUAUGACCAAGCCAGUUUAUCUGAGCAGAAGAAUGAUGAAGAAGGAAACACAAAGAUGGAAGAAAAACCCUUACUGGGUCACCUGUCAAUGCUCUUAGACUUGGCAAUUACUGAGGACAGCAAAUACAUCAUCACCUGUGACCGAGAUGAGAAAAUUAGAAUAUCACACUUUCCAAAUUCUUACAAUAUUCAAGCAUUUUGUCUUGGACAUGAAGAAUUUGUGACACAAGUAGAUCUUCUACCAAAAAAUAAACAAUUUAUUGUUUCUUGCUCUGGAGAUGGAACCUUGAGACUUUGGAAUUAUGUGAAAGGAGAGUGUGUGGCCUGCAUGGAUACCAGAGAACACACUGCACCCCUACUACAUCACUAUGAAAAGUAUAUACAGCAGAAAAUUGAAGAAUCUGAAGAGGCUAGAAGAUUUCUACCUGACUACCCAGCUGUCAAAAGCUUUACUUUAUACUCAGAUUCCAGUGAUGAACAUCUUAUAGCUGCUUUAGUAGACAGAAUCCCUGCUGUAUUUUUGUAUAAAAUAGAAGGGACAAAGUUUAAAUACAUAUCAACAAAGGAGCUCGAUGCCGAACCCAGGGUUGUGUCAUGGUUGCUGUCUAGAGAACUGAUUGUGCUACAGGAGGAAGAGGAGCAGCCUGUGUGUGUGUUGGAGUUUGUAGAUAAUAACUUACAUCGAGUAGCAGAACAUGCUUUGGAGUCUCUUGGCAAGAAACAAAACCAUCUUUUCACAGUGGGUCAUGAUGGACUUAACUUGGAUGUUCUCUACAAGCAACGCUAUGACAAUGUGGCAGAUUACAAGAAAAAGAAAGAAGAACGAUUGGCUAUGGAACAAGCUGUAAAGGAUGGCUUGAUUCCUGCAGUUAAAAAAGGGCGAUGGUCAAAAUAACAAUAAAAAUGCUUAAAAUUAGAAUAGUGUACAGUAUUAUAAUAAAAAGUUUAAUUUUAUCAGGAGUUCACAUAUUACAGUACUGUAUAAAGUCUUACAUAUCCUUUAACAAAAUUGAAAUAAAAAUUAAUUCAAUUUU